AAAUGGACAAUAUAUAUAAGUUUAAGGCAAGUAAUUCAGUAGGACAUUUAAAAAGUUUGAAUAAUGAUAAAUAAUUUUAUUCUGAAGAAGAAAGUAGUAAGAAAGAAGAAGAAGAGAAAUAAUUAAAGAAGCAAAGCAAACCUCCUAGUAAGAUGUCUCAAUUUAGUAAAAAUGCAAGUGGAUAUUAAACUGAUGAUAGCGACAAAGAGACUCCAAAAAAUAAUAAGAUUGGACCUUCAAGUAAUUAAUAAAUAAUAGAAUUACCAUAGGUUAAAAAGUAUCAAAAUUUAGAAAUCUUGUAAAUACUAAAAAGAUUGAAGGUGAUAAUGAUGAUCCUAAUUUUGAUGAUGAGGAUGACAAACCAACUACUAUAUAAUAAUAAAUUCAAUAAUAGUAUAAUGAAGAUUAAUAUGAUGUUGAACAGUAAGCUACUAAAAUGUAAUAGAAGUACUCAAAAGUUGAACCUAAUAAAUCGAAUAAAAUGAAGUAAAAAUUAAGUAUAUUAUUAUCUAUAGGCAUUCUAAUACAUAAUAAACUAUGGAUGUUAAUUCAGAUGUUGAAUAAAUGAAAAAUAAAUAAAAUUAAGAAGGAAAACUUAAAAAUCAUCCUUUCAGACAUCUGAUUUAUGGUCCAAGUAUUGGAGAAAAUGCAUUUAAUAAAUUCUUACAGUUAACUUAAAGAGGAUUAGUUUAUGCCAAAAAAUGUUUAAAAGGACCUUCAGAAAAAUUUAUUAAAUCUAAAAUGGUUUAAUUACAAGAAUGCCCUAUUGUUAAACCUAAGACUCUUCUACUUGAUUUAGAUGAAACUUUAAUCCAUAGUUGCUCUUUAAGAGAAAAUCCCUAAGUUACUGUUACAGCAUUUGGAGAUUACGGAGAAGAAGCUAAAGUAAUAUUUAAUUAUUUAAUUCUAGAUUCAUUUUAAUAUUAGGCCAUUUUGUACAUGGUUUUUACAAUAAAUGAAUUAGUUAUAUACAAUUUAUGUAUAUACGGCUUCAUCAUCUGCUUAUGCUAAUGCUAUUGUGAAUUACUUAGAUCCUAAAAGAUAAUGGAUCAUGGGAAUCAUGUCCAGAGGAAAUUGUAUGGAAACUAAAAAUGGAUUCUUUAUUAAAGAUCUAAGAAUUGUAGCUAAUAAACAAUUAAAGGAUAUGGUAAUUGUUGAUAAUCUUGCUCACUCUUUUGGAUUCUAAAUUGAAAAUGGUAUACCUAUCUUAGAAUGGCAUAAUGAUUAAAAUGAUUAAGAACUUAAAUAUAUGGCAACCUAUUUGAUGGAAGCAGCUGAGCAAGAAGAUAUUAGAGUAUUCAAUACAUAAAGAUUAAAAUUAGAUCAACUUAUUGAAUAUAAUCUAGAUUGA